CGCAGGCAGCCAGCUCAGAGAGAAACAGCCAGAGGAACCCAGAGAUGAUCAGAGGACUUAUUCUCACAGGACUGCUGGUCCUGCUUUGGCACCAGACGGAUGUACAAGCGCACGUACUGAGCAGACACAGUCCCGUCAGCAACAUGGCCAAGCUGAAGAGCUUGCUCCAGCAGUUCGAGGAGGUCCUGGCUGCAGAAGAGGCUCCUGAGAGAACCGGCGAUUACGAGGACGGCGACGCGGCGCUGGAGCGGAGCCCGGCCUCCACGUCCUGGGACAGAGACAGAGAGGAAGAAGCGGCUCCGGCCGAGGACGGCAACCCCUCGGACGGGUUCGAGACGCAGAGAAACCGCCUCAUAGAUCUCCUCACGUCAACCCGCAGCAAAAGCCUGUCGGGCUGUUUCGGGGGGCGGCUCGAUCGCAUCGGGUCAUCCAGCACCCUUGGGUGCAACUCAAAAAAAGGUUAGCUACGAUGAGUGAUACAGAUCACAAUAUAUAUAUAUAUAUUUAUGACGUAUAAAUUAUUUUGCAUGUGGGCAGUUAACCUUUUAGGUUAAAAUUGACAUUCAAGAGAGGGAAAAAAGCUGGGUAAAUCUAAAUAAAAGCUUCUAAGGUCCUGUUACUUUUACUAUUACUAGUUAACGCACUGCGAGCUAGCAUGAACUAACAUGAAUUAUUGCAUCGUUUCUAGUUAACGUUAACAAAAAUGAAUAAAUACCGUGAUAAAUGUGUUGUUCAUUGUUUGUUGAUGUUAGUUUACACAUGAACUGAUAUUAACAAUUACACCUUAUCGUAAGGCUUUACCAAAUUUUGUUUAGUUCAUCUUGACUCAAGCCAAUUCGAUUAUAUUAAUAGCAUUUAAUUAUUUUAACAAUUAACUUUAACAAUCUAAAAAUUAUUACAUUUGUUUAUAUUAAGAACCUCAUUUUUAUGGCCUUUUAAACAUCACCGUGGUAUAAAAAUGAGCUCAUAAAAACGCAUUUCAAUUAUAGUUCAUACAGAAAACUCAUUUGUGGAGUAGCAAAAAAGGUGAAUUUAAAAUGUUCCAAAAUUCAUGUUAAACUGAAACUGUGUGGAAUUUUUUGGUCAACACGGAAACGAAUGUAACAUGGAAAUCAAACCAACAACACUUUGUUACAAAAUGUAUCUAUAUUUUGCGACGCCUGCUGUGCUUUACAUGAUCUGACGGUUCAUAUUUGUUCGAUAUAUUUAUAAUGCGUGUAUAAGUCGUCGAAACGUUCAAAUACAACGUACGGCAAAAAUCUCGAUAAUUAAGUGCAUUGAUAUUGUUCAUUCAUUUAUGAGGUUUAUGAGAUUGCAAUAAAUUUCUGUCUGGUGUUGUGUGCCAUUCUGCUUUUAAUGAAGAGUCGACAGACUCUUUGCUGUUAUUUCUUUUUGUCACAUUUCUACAGCUGAAACUGUACUUAAAAACAAACCGCAAAAUAACAUUUUAAAGUGUUAUAAAGCGAUAAUAAAAUGAUAACAAAAUCCA